AUGAAGAGGAGAAAGAGAUCUUUGACGUAUCUAGACCAAAUCUCUUAUGAAAGCAAAAUAAAGUGGUCUGAAAUUGUACGCCCGUUAGUCAGAGAUAAGAGAUUCCCUCAUUUCUUUUCGAGCUUUAACAAUGCUACUCUGAGCCAAAAAAAAGUGGAGCAAAAGCAUCCUGAACAAAAUACUGGUAAAGGGGUUGUAAUUGCUAUAUUAGACGAUGGUGUGGACUAUACCCACCCCGCUAUUCAAGCCUCCUAUAGAGCCGAUUUAUCUUUUGAUUUCACACAUGAUAAAAUGGACGCUAAACCGGAAAAAAGCAAAGAUAACAAUCAUGGUACGAAUUGUGCAGGGAUUGUGGUUAUGCCACCAGCAUCGGCUUGUGGUGUAGGAGCUGCUUAUGGAUCUAAAGUUGCUGGAUUGAAAAUGCUAGGUGGUGAUUCUGUUAAUGAUGUCAUGGAGGGAGAAGCAUUACUCCAUAAGUUCCAGGAAAUUGAUAUUUACUCAGUCAGUUGGGGACCAAAAGAUGAUGGUCGCUCCAUGGAAGGUCCACAUCGUCUGGCACAAAUAGCUUUGUCUAAAGGUUACAGAAUGGGACGCUCUGGAAAAGGUUCAAUUUAUAUUUGGGCUUCCGGUAAUGGUGGGCUAGAACACGAUGAUUGUGCCAUGGAUGGUUAUGCCAGUAACAUAUAUACCAUAACUUUUGGAAUGUUUGGAGAAGGAGGAAGUCCUGUGUGGUACACCGAGGGCUGUCCAGCAAUUAUGGCUUCUCUCUCGGCUGAGGACAAUCAUGGCUUUCGGACUACGGAUGUUGAUGGAGCUUGUACAUUUUUUACUGGCUCAUCAGCUGCAGCUCCUUUAGCUUCUGGUAUUAUCGCAUUGGUCUUGGAAGAGAACCCUAACCUAACACAGAGGGAUGUUCAACAUCUAAUUGUCCGAACAAGUAACUCGUCUCUCCUAGCACAGCAAAGUCCUAGUCUAUGGAAAGUAAAUGGAGCAGGACUCAAUGUAUCAAGAAUGUUUGGUUUUGGAUCAUUAGAUGCAAAGAAAUUGAUCAAAAACGCUGCUGUUUGGAAGAAUGUAGAAAAAGAGAACAUUUGCAGUAAGGAACUCGUUUUGAAAGAAAAGAUAACCUUUACCCACGAGUUGUCAGCUGUUAUUAACAUUCCGUUUCCGGGGUGUCAAAAUACUUCAUCUGAGGUGAACUAUGUGGAGAAAGUGGAACUUCAGGUUUCAAUCCAUCACGACCGAAGAGGAGACAUCGUACUGGAUUUAGAAUCACCCUCAGGAACUGUUAUCCGUUUACUUGAGAGAAGAAUAUACGACAACUCUGAAAUCGGGAUUUUGAAUUGGCCAUUCGUCGCUUCACACUUCUGGGGAGAGAACGCUGUCGGAGUUUGGAAGCUCUACGUUCAUGACGAGGGUAAGACAAACGGUGGAGUGAUAAGUCAUCUCAACCUCCUCGUGAUUGGUACUGAAAAUGAUGUCAUGAAAAAUGUUGAAAUAAUUUGA